AUGCCUUCGGAUGCAACAGCACCACCAUCUCCCUCGUCACUCCCACCACCACCAACAAAAAUCAAGUCUAGGACAAAGGGGUCGCGGUCUGCUAACCCUGCGGUCUACUGCUGCUGCUGUCCUGUCGCCUCUGGAGUCUGGAUCCUCGCCCUCUGCCUCGUCGUCCCAUCGGUAGCACUGGUGCUAGGACUAAACAUCGCCAACCUUGGAGGAGUCAUCAGAAUAAACACUCCAGUCCAGGCAAAAGUCUUUUACAGCGUGAUCUACUCCCUCUAUGCACUCAUCGGCCUCGGCAUCGGUCUGGGACUCAACCGGUUCGCAAACGCCAACCGUCGACUCCAGGUCCUGAUUGCCCUCUAUUGGAUCCUGAUUGCCACGACCAUUGUUGAAGGGAUCUAUUUUGGAGUCAUAAUUGCCAGGAAUAAGGCCAAGUUUACCACCAACUGUGUCGAUGGGCCUGCGGUUGCGAAAGGAAGCGAUAGACCUGCGACGCUUUCGCCGGUUGUUAUUGGACUAGGAACUAACGGGACGGUUGCUGUUGCUGGUGGAGAGCAGGGAGGCAAAUCAGGACGAGGAAUGGACUGCCACAUGACGGGGGUUAUGGUUGGGGUGAUCUAUACUGCUGGCCCUGGUGGAUGGAUUAUUGUGCAUAUUGCAUGGAUCUUGAUGGUGGUCUUGUAUGCCAAAGCGCUUCGACGACAUUAUGCUGCAGACGAGGAGCAUGGGUCUGUCAAGAUGGCGCCUCUUGCUGCUGCCGCUGCUGGUGGAGGACACGGGCAUGAUUUGGAUCGACCGUUCAGCAAAUCGGGACUCCACCGCUCACUCGCCAAACAACAACAGUACCAACUGGAGGACCCCAACAAGAACGGCACCGGAAACAUCGAACCAGCCUCUGGAUUCCACUCACACCAAACUCACCCCUUCCAACUCGACAACAGCUCGCAUCGCUCGUCGUCUGGUGGAUUGGGUGCCAUGUUCCGGAACAUGCGGUCCUGGUCAUCGUCAUCACCUAACAACUCUUCAACUUUUCAGGAAUUCCCCUCCUCCAACAAUAUCAGUGCUGGCAAGAACAAGGCGAUGCAUGUCAUUGGCGAGGGUGAUGCUCACACAGAGGAAGGGGAACGUGGUCGGUCUCGAACCCCGCAUCGUCAAGGCCGGAACAGCAAUACCAGUAUUACCAUCACCAUCAUUAAUCACGACACUACGCCUGAUAGCCACCACGACAGCGACGACAGCUCGGAUGAUGACGAUAGCGAGGUCAACAACAGCUACAACCGCUUAACCCGCUUGGGAACCUCCAGUACCGACAACUCGCUCUCCUCCAAGACGGACAUUCCCGCAGACGGCAAGGGCUGGUGGAUCCGACAGAUCGAGGGCAAACGCAGGGGUGAGAUCUGCCCUUGUACGUUGGACCCACGGGAAUUUGACGCGCGCGAGUUGGGACCAUGUUGGUGUGGGAAAGAACGGCGUAUUAGCAGCCAGGCGUCCCAGUCUGCGAGUGGACUUCUUGCAGGGUCUUCUUCGGGAUCGUCAUCUUUGACCUCAAUCGCUCCUCCUCAUUCUCAGGGUCAACAGCAGUAG